ACUCGCCGGCCUCACUUCUGGCUCCUUUGCCCUCCGCCGCGCGACCUAGAUGCCCUCGCGACGCCGCCAGUCGGAGAAGCCGCCCGCCUUGCCUCUCUCCCUCCGUCCAAACCCCCCAAUCGAAACACGAGGCUAGCUAAGCUCAGGAACCUGUCUGGUAGCUAUGUCCACCAAGCGACGCGCAAACAAUGGCGGGGCGCCAGAGCGGCCCCUCAAAGAACAGAAGCGGCGCAGAGUCUCGAUCUACACGCCCGAGACCAACGAGACGCCUGAACGAACAACGCGGCAUGGCCUCGAGAUACUAGAUAAGAUUAAGACGGCAGUCGAUAAAUAUGGACAACCUAUAGCUACCGAGUUCCUGGAGCUUCCUGAUGGGAAAGAGUAUCCUGAAUACUACCUUACCAUCCGACUCCCUAUCGCUCUUGAUAUUAUCGAGAAAAAACUCAGGAAUCACGGAUAUACCCAAUUGACUUCGCUUGAAGCUGACCUCCGACGCAUGGUAUCCAAUGCGAAAUUCUACAACGAGAAGAGCUCUCUGCUCUUCUCUAACGCAGAGCGGAUUCGCAAGAUCGUGGUUGCGGAGAUGCCCAAGGUUAACCCUGCGUAUAAAGACCCAAACUACGCUCCUUUUUCAACCCCAUUGCCCAACAAUGAGGUAGAAGAAGAAGACUUUAUCGACGAGCUCCCGGAAGGAGAGGAGGAAUCCGAGAAUGAAGCAGAAGCCGAAGCCGAAGCCGAAGUGGAAGCUGAGCCAGAGCCAACACCUCGAGAGGAGCGAACAAGGUCCUCAAGACGUGCGGGCGGACGUAUAUCGACAAUUGAUCGUGACCAAAACCAGACAGACGCCCGGAAAGAAGAUCCUGAUGCUGCUGUUGCAAGUAAAUUCCAGGCCGCCUUGGAAGGAAUACUGAAUGAAGCUAUCCGCAUGCAAGACGAGGACGGCGAAGAAAAGUUUGCACCUUUCAUUAACCUCCCAGAUAAACACCUAUAUAAGGAAUACUACGACGUGAUAGAUCACCCUGUCUCACUGCGAGGUAUUCUACGAACAGUUCGUGGCACAGACAGAAGAAAGCCUACAACCUCAAAAUCCAAGGCUCCCAACCCGUUUAGGUCUUGGAAAGCGUUUAUCGAUGAAGUUAACUAUCUGUGGACUAAUGCACGGAUAUUUAAUGAAGACGAGAGUGACAUUGCCAUUCUUGCGGGCGAGCUUGAGAAAUUCAUAAAUACCCGGAUAGCAGAAACGAGAAAAACGGUUCCCGCACCUGAGGAAGAAAGCAGUGGUACCGGAGGUGGAACGAAGAUACGGCUAAAACUAGGAGCAGCCACAUCAACACCAGAACCGCCUGCUGCUCCAACGGCGUCGAAACUUAAGCUACGGCUGCCUGCCAGACAACAGCAGACGGAUACUGCUUCCGCUACUUCGAAAGUGCCUGGCGUGAGAGUUGAUACUGAAGCGCUUAAACGACAACAAGAGCUUGUUAGGGCCGGGACAAACGGGAUUGAGGUACCUAAACCGACCACUAACAAUGUACAAGCGACGCCAACACGAACCCUGCGAGACAGAACAGGCUCUGCAAGGGCUCCUGUGGCCACAGCUUCACCAGCUCCUAUCUCAGCUACUGUCAACGGUACGGGAGCUGCCCCUGCUACCAACGGGCCUUCACUUUGGUCUCGGACACCGCUCACGAGGCGAGCAGAGGCAGAGUUGGAGCGCGAAACAGCCCCCAAGCCAGAGACAUCAGCAAAGCCUUCACCAAGCCUACAGGCUGCCCAGGCUGUUACUCCAACACCAGCUCCUGCUGCCCCCGAACCACCGGCGAAAAGUACAAGCACAGGCGCGACAGCGCUAUCGACGGCUGAUUGGGAGAAGCUAUCUCAGGCAAGAAACAAAGCAUACGGCAACGGUCUCAUAUCACAGAUAUCCAUAUCAUCUCACUCAUCCCUACCUCUCCGCCAACCCUUCCACAUUUCCCUGCCUUGCUCACCCGUCCUUCCCUCUCAACCCAUAAGCCUAACCCUACCCUCAUGCAUCAACCUCAUAAGUUUCAACCCCAUCAUUGCGUCGUCCUCCCACCGGCGCCCUACGCAGCACUACUUUACUGUCUGUGACCAGAAGAAUCCCACUCCACCGACCACCUCGGUUGUGCCGUUUACAGACUAUACCCGGUUUGCAUACGAUGUGCGGCUACGCGAGGGCGUCAACAAGCUUGUCGUCGGCGUGUCUGGCAAGGCAGACGGCGAGACGACGGAGCGAGUCAUUGUUUUCGUCAAUCUCUUGCGGUCUUAGUCUCCUCCUUCGGUCCUUUUGUUUCAUUUCUCUUUUUCCUUGUGGCAGGCACAUGGCUCGGUCUUUGGCUAGGUGUUCAUGGUGUUGUGGAUGGCAUCCCCGGUGGCUAAUCCUGCCUGUAAAUUACUUUACCUGCAUUCAUCUCUAGCAUCUUCUUCUCGUUCUCUCCAUUUACGUCCCUUUUGUCCCUUUUGUCAUUUUUAUAUCACGUGAUACUAACUCGCCUAGUGUAAAUUACGGUAAUUUUCAUACACAGAAACUUCU